CGAGGAACAUUUGUUUUUGUGGAUUUGGAUAUAUUAUUAUUCUUUAAUAAUAGUAAUAUGUACAGUAAGUAUUUAACUUCACUUUCACUACAAUACAGCUUAAACUCAAGUAAAUUAUCUUUCAGCACAAAGGAAAGUAACAUAUUACCAUUGCAUGUGUUUAUUUUUGCCUUUUAUGUUAGUUUGUGAUGACAUUUUUGUGAUUGUAUUUUCAUCAUUAUAAUCAUGAUUAUAAGAAACCAUUGGAGAGAAGAGAUCAAACAAGUUAACAAUCAUAUAAUCAAGCAAUUUUUUCUGAAAUGAAAUCAAAAUCAUAGAAUGUAGAAUUUAGUUCACUAAAAGCUUGGUUGUGCAACACGUCAUGUUGUGGAAUUGUGCCAAUAUUAAUUUCAUGCUUGGAUUGUUCUCAGCCUCACCUGAAAGUCCCUUUGGCUAAAUUAGGCCAACUAACUGCCUGAGUAAAUAUAUCUACUAGGCAUGCUAGCUGACUAAAUAUAUGUGUAGAAGGUAAAGAAGGCCUGUUCUGAUGCUUUCUCGAUCUUUCCUAUGAUGUGGUUGAGUGCGCUGGUUCAGGAUAAUCUCUGUAUGCAAAGCAGCGAGCUGAAUCAAUGGGACACAAGGCAUUAUUACUGAGAGAAAUCCGAAGUUUAUUGAGUUGCCUUCAGCAUAUAUACACUUUGUUCUGGGGGAGACCACGAACAGGACGUCAAAUGAGAAUGUUCUACUCCGAAAAAUAACUCAUUAUAAAUGAUAACUAGGAGUACUAGUUGACUAAAAUAAAUGUAAAGCAGAUCUGCUAACUGACUAAAAGUAAAUGUAAGCAACCCUACCAGAGCAACAGGUACAUCACCUCCUCAUGUUAAAAUUGGUUUAAGGCCAGCACUGCUUAGCCUGAAAAAAAAGUUUCUCCUUUGCUUUUGUAGAUAUAUUUUUUGUUAUGAUGUAAAAAGAAUAUUAUGGAGGACAAUGGCUAUGACUCAAAUUCAUUAUAUUCCUACAAAAGAUGAAUAAUAUGUGAUUAUGUUUAACUGAGGAUGUUUACAUCAUGUAGGCCUAUGGGUUUGAGAUGUAGCAUGAGGAUGCUACGCUUCAAUUCCAGUGUUUUGAUAGCAGAUUGUAAUGAGCGCUGUCUGUGUAUCUUUAUGUGUCUGCUUGACAUUCUUUUAGGAUUGGCAGUUUUAACCUGAGGGAUUCCUCGGACUGAUAGAAAUGAACGAACAAAACCAAAGAUCAACUUGGUAGGACUGGAGAUCCAUUGUCUUGGAAAUUACCAACAUCAACAAACUUCAAUGUGUGCUGGAAUGAAAACGAAAAUUGCGAUGCCAUGUAGGGGAAUUAGUUUUUGUUCAUUUGGAAUAUUAUAUUUAUUUUUGAACAAUUUUAUUUUCCCAAAUGCUAGUUACACGCUGAAGAACUGCAGGGUCACAGAGAACAGACAUGCCAUCUGUCAGAAGAACAGUUUGAAUGUAUUUCCAAAGGACAUUCCAGAAAGAGUCAGAAGUAUAGAACUGUCUAGAAACAACAUUUCCACACUAUAUAAAACAGAUUUGAAAAAUUUACCAAAUCUGUUGCGCUUAGACCUGACACGCAACAGGAUCUCCAAAAUUGAAUCUUCCACUUUUGUGGUUCAAAUCUCUCUGAAGGUGUUAACUCUAAACAAUAAUAGGCUUUGUAAGCUACAGGAGGGUAUGUUUGAUGGCAUGGUCAAUCUCAUGGAAUUGUAUCUGACUUCCAAUCAGAUCCAAACAGUAGCACCGGCCUCUUUCAAGUCUCUGAGCAAGCUUAGGAUUUUGAACCUAGGCCAUAACAAACUGCGCCACUUAACAAACAUCUUCUUACAACAUACACCACUUUUACAAAACCUGUACAUUCCAGCAAACAAAAUUUCCACUUUUCAAUCAUGGGAGCUGUCAAAUAAGUCUACAGAACUUGUUACACUUGAUUUGUCUCAGAAUGAGCUCAUGUACUUUAGGCUCACUGCAGGUAUCUUUCCCAAACUCAAAAGGUUGUUCCUUGAGGAUGGUAUAAAGAAUGGUAUUGUCUGGGAGGUGAAUGACACAUCGUACCUUAGAAAUGUGGUUAGACUAGAUGUCAGUGGGGUUCGCUCCUCAUUACAUGGACUGCAGGAAGUGCUAGAGACAUUUAACUCCUCCUCCUCACUGAGGUAUCUGCAGUUAAACCAAAUAAAUAACGGCCUGCGGGAUCUCAUCAAUAUUUCCUGCAAAUUCUCAAAGCUGAGCUAUUUUGAAAUCCGAAAUAACAGCAUCAAAGUUAUUAGAUCAGACCUGCUGCACGAUUGCACUUAUCUGAAAUUAUUAGACUUGGGGAUGAAUGAGAUAACUGAAAUCUCUAACAAUUCGUUUCAAUCUCUUAGGCUGCUUAACACUUUAAUCCUAAAGUCUAACUGUCUCACAUCUGUCCCCUAUGCUGUAAGGAAAACUCAAAUCUCAAAACUGGAUCUCAGCCACAAUAAGAUCAAUAUUCUUGGCUGCGAUGAUUUUGCCAAUAUGACCCGUCUCAGCGUUAUCUAUCUAUCCAAUAAUCCUCUCUCGGCCCUCAAGGAUUGCGUCUUCAAAGAUUUGGUCAAUUUAAAUAGAUUAAAGUUGCAAAACAGCAUCAUUCAUCAAUUAAACGGCACCUUCAAAAAGAAUAAGCAGAAUCUUAAAACUCUUUCUUUGAUGAACAAUAAACUCACUGUUCUAGAUCAUGGAGAAUUUGAAGCUCUGAAAUCCCUCCAGACUUUGUCAUUAAAAGGGAAUAAAUUACAACAACUUACGGAUAGGACUUUUUUUGGACUGUCCAGGCUUACACAUCUUAAUCUCGAAUCAAAUAAAAUAUCUGAAAUUACAAACGGUACUUUUGGUGACUUGAAAGCUUUAAAGACAUUGAAUUUGAAGAACAAUCAAAUUAAAUAUGCAUCGGUAGAGCCUAUUCUGUAUCCACCAUUUGCUGAGCUUUCACAACUAGAUACGUUGGAUAUUUCCGGUCAAAGCAGAUCUCAUAAGCGGUUAAACUUCCCUCAAAACUUUCUGCAAGGCCUGACAAAUCUGUCAAUACUCUAUAUCCAUGGUAACCAUCUUACAUCCGUGCACCCAAACACCUUCAACUAUACUCCUAAUUUGAAUGUUCUUGUUAUGUCUAACAACUUUUUAACAGACAUUCACAACAAUUUGUUUUCCCCAACUCAAAAACUAAAAGGUCUUUACAUUUCAAUGACAAUGCUGAGGUCUCUCGAUUUUCUGCUCCAUGCUAACCUCACAGAGCUGGAGAUGUUGCAGGUGGCAUAUAAUACCUUUUCUGUGAUUAGAGAACCAGUGAUGCUGUCUCUGCCAGCACUUACUUACCUGGAUAUGCAGGGUAAUGGCUUCACCUGUAACUGUGACAACGCGUGGUUCCUCCAAUGGGUAAUCACAAACGAGCAAACACAAGUAUUUGCAGCGUACAACUAUGAAUGCAGCUACCCUCCAAACCUUAAAGGUAGAAAAUUGUUGCAGAUUGACGUCCGUUCUUGUACAGUAGACAUGGACUUCAUCUGUUAUAUUUCCACGGCAUGCGCGGUCAUCAUGACCUUAGCAGUCUCCUUCACUCACCAUUUCCUACAAUGGCAUCUGGUCUACGCGUACUACCUCAUGCUGGCGUUCCUCUACAACUCAAAGAACAAGGACAAGCGUGCUCAUCAGUACGACGCCUUCGUUUCCUACAACGCAAACGACGAGGGCUGGGUGCUGGGGGAGCUGCUGCCCAAGCUGGAGGACGAGCAGGGAUGGAGACUGUGUCUGCACCACCGAGACUUCCAGCCAGGCAAACCCAUCAUGGAAAACAUUACAGACGCCAUCUAUGGCAGCCGGAAGACCAUCUGUGUGGUCAGUCGCGAUUACCUGGAGAGUGAAUGGUGCUCCAGAGAGAUCCAGGUUGCCAGCUUCCGUCUGUUUGACGAGCAGAAGGACGUGCUGAUCCUGGUGUUCCUGGAGGACAUUCCCAUGCAGCAGCUUUCUCCGUACUACCGCAUGAGGAGGCUCCUGAAGAGACAAACCUACCUGAGCUGGUCCCGCGCAGACGCACACCCAAACCUGUUCUGGGAGAAGCUCCGGCAGGCCCUGGAGACCCAGGAGCACCCAAUGGGUGAGCAUAUACUGCUCACCGUGGAGGACGGACCCCCUGGAGAGAGACCAGACCAGUAAAAGGCUUAGAAAUGCUUUGGGGAGGGGGGAUACAACUAGAGGUCUGUCUCUAUGGAGGGAAAGUGAAACUGUUCCCCUUGACAGCUUUGUUCGUUUUUGUGUAUUGUAAAACACAUUCUUAAUCUGGUUAAUGGGGACAUCUGGUGUGGAUUUGUAUUUGAGCCCCGUUUUUGGGGGUCAAGCAGCAAAGCUGCGAGACAACCCUGUUGUUUUCGUACGUUUUCCUAUUAUUAUUCUUCAAUGGGAGUCUAUGGCAGCCCAUAGAACGCCGUGGUGAAAUUUGGUACAUUGAUUCAGGACAGUACCAUUAUCCCAUGACCCAAAUUGGUGGUCGCUAGCUUAUGAUCAUAACCUAGCGCCACCAACAGGUCAAAGUUGAACAUGCUUUUCAUGGUUAUAACUUUUGACCCAUUCGUCCAAUAUUCACAAGCAAGGUAUCAUUGGAUUCCUUGGGUCAAGCCGAGUUCUAUGUCGUAUUUUAUUUAUUUUUUUGCCAUGAUGGAUUUUCCGCCAUCUUGAUUUAUGUCAAAAACCUUUAAAAUGUAUCUCCUAUCAGAAAUGUUGUCCAAUUUUCUCUCACCUUGGCACAGAGGAUCUUCAGGCCAUGCUUCACAAAAAAAAUGUAAUUGAUUUUUCAAAUUCAAUACCGUUUGGCCGCUACAGCCAAUCAAAUUCGACCGUGAAGACGCCAAACAGGAAGUAAGCCAAUAUCUCAGCAGCCCUCUGUCAUAUCAUAACCGAACUUGUCACAUCGACCCCGACCCAUGACAUCAUCAUGGGGACCCUAAUUAAAUUAACCGGUAAUCUUUGACCUCUAGGGGGUGCUGUAGCCUAAUUAAUGAAGAUGUGUUUUAACUCCUCUCUCUUUACAUUAGAGUAUAUUUCAAACUUAUUUCCAAUGUCUGGUGAUACUGUCAGACCUCCCCAUAAAUCUAAUGAAUUAUUUCCCAUGGCAACAUCAGAAUUUGCCCGCCAUUGGGAAAGUUGUUUAAAUCAAUAGUAGGCUACAUAUCCACAGGACACAAAUUACGUCCGAUCAUCAUGAAACUUGCCAUAUAUGAUCAUCAGCUUUUUCAAAUUCAAAACCGUUUGGCCGUGACAGCCAAACAAACUUGACGGCAGAGCUGCCAAACAGGAAGUAAGCCUGUUCUCAGCAUCUCUUUAACAUAUCAUAGCCAAACUUGGUACGUAGACUCAUGACAUCAUUCUGGGGACAUCCAAACAAUUUGGUGACCUUUGACCUCAGGGGGACGUCAAACAGGAAGUGAGCUCAUUUUUCUGCAAGGCAUUCAUGUAUCCAAACCAAACUUGGCUCAUAGGGUGUGUUCGAAACCGCGUACUUGCUUACUACUCCUACUAACUAUGACGUCAAAUUGAGUAAGCGAGAACUUAGUAAGCGAGUUUAGGUAAGCGAGUAGUAUCCGAAUGUCUUCUACUUCCGGAAAGAUUUUGAGUAAGCAUCGCUAGCUUACUAGAUGUACUCAACCGCCCCAGAAUGCACUGCGUCUAUUCAAAAGAACAGUGGAAGCAAUGGCGCUAAACGGGGAGCCGCAGCAGCAGUGCUUUUAAUAAUUGUUUAAUAAUUGUUUUAACAUAUCACCGCAAAUCCUUAGGUUGAAGGUGUACUGUGACGUUAAAUGUGACGUUUAUAUAUUUAUUUAUAAUAUUUAUUAACGGCGCCCGGCCGGUAGGUUAUUGACACGUCAUUGACAUUCACGUCAUCUGAGGUGGUUAAGUAAGGACGGUCUUCUGAACGUCAAUUACUCAAAUGGAUUACUCAAUCAUUAUUUAAGGAUUCGAGAAGUAAGCCAAAUAUUUAGUAGGUAGUAAGCAGUAAGCAAGUAGGCGGUUUCGAACACACCCAUAGUCUUAUGACCCUAUCCUGAUAAUGCCCAAACAAUCAGGUGACAUUUGACCUUUGGGAGUGCGUUGUUAGCAGCAAGUCUAUUCCAGCUCUUAGCAAGCAACCUCAAUGUAUUUUCGUUGUGAUAACCAUUUGCCAAUAGCUUUCAUUGUCAGUAAAAUGAUAUCUAAUCAUCUGCAUUUUAUCAUGGUCAUCAUAUACUGUGUUAUAUAAAACUGAUAACACAUCAUUCAUAUUAAAUCAUCAUGUCAAUCUGACCUACAGCAUACAAUCAGAAAACACAUUUAAUUCCAAUGUUAGUUGCGCUGAACAGCGCUCAUUUAAUGGUAGACACUCCACUCAUGUGGCGACAAUCGGUACUGCAUGUAUAAUUCAACAAUGACUUUUUUUUUUUUUUUAAUUUGUUGUGUAACAUACUUGACUAAUGAGGCAUUUGUAAAGCCAGUAGUUUUGUUGCUUUGUGACGAAUUGUUGCCGUAGUGUGUGAAUAGUCUUUGGGCUAGCUGCCAACAUGUGUGAGGAAUGUUUUAGCUAGCUACUUUCAGCACGAGGUGUAUGUGACCUCAGACUGUAUAUGUAUAUAUGUAUACUGUAUAUCAACGUCUAACUGAUCACUGUUUUGAUUGUUUUUUUUGUUUUGUUUUGUCUUGUUUUUGAUUUAUUUAUUUCUUAUUGCUUAUGUUUAUUUAUUUAUUUAUUUAUUUUUUCCACAAUGUCUUUUUUUUUUUUUUUUUUUUUUAAAUGUAUGAUGACUAUGCUCUGUAA